AUGUCUGCUCGGGCAGCCCUCCUGCUGCUCUGGGGUCUGGCCCUGAGCCCGGUGACUGAGCAGGCGGCGUUCUUCGACCCCAGGCCAUCCCUGUGGGCCGAGGCCAGCUCACCGCUGGCACCCUGGGCCAACGUGACGCUGACCUGCCAGAGCCCGCUGCCAACCCUGGAGUUCCAGCUCCUCAAGGAUGGCGUGGGCCAGGAACCGGUGCACCUGGAGUCCCCUGCUCACGAGCACAGGUUCCCGCUGGGACCAGUGACCAGCACCACCCGGGGCCUCUACAGCUGCCGCUACAAGGGCAACGAUGAUUGGAUCAGCCCGAGCAACCCGGUGGACGUGUCGGGAGCAGAGCCCCUGCCCCCACCCUCGCUCUCAACCAGUCCUGUGUCCUGGAUCACACCUGGCCUGAACACCACGCUGCUGUGCCUCUCGGGACUUCGAGGUGUGACCUUCCUGCUGAGGCAGGAAGGCGAGGACCAGUUUGUGGAGGUGGCUGAGGCCCCAGAGGCCACGCAAGCCUCCUUCCUGGUCCACCGGGCUGGGAACUACAGCUGCAGCUACCGGACCCACGCGGCAGGCACCCCCUCGGAACCCAGUGCCACAGUGACCGUAGAGGAGCUGGCCCCGCCGCCGGCGCCCACGCUGACGGUGGACAGGGAGUCGGCCCAGGUCCUGAGGCCGGGCUCGCCUGCCUCGCUCACCUGCGUGGCGCCCCUGAGCGGCGUGGACUUCCAGCUGCGGCGGGGCGCGGAGGAGCAGCUGGUACCCCGGGCCAGCACCAGUCCGGACCGCGUCUUCUUCCUGCUGAGCGCACUGGCCGCGGGCGACGGAGGCGGCUACACCUGCCGCUACCGGCUGCGCAGCGAGCUGGCGGCCUGGUCCCGAGACAGUGCGCCGGCCGAGCUGGUGCUGAGCGACGGGACGCUCCCCGCGCCGGAGCUGUCGGCCGAACCCGCGAUCCUGAGUCCCACGCCGGGUGCGCUGGUGCAGCUGCGGUGCCGGGCACCCCGCGCCGGCGUGCGCUUCGCCCUGGUGCGCAAGGACGCGGGCGGGAGCCGGGUGCAGCGCGUCCUGAGCCCCGCGGGCCCCGAGGCCCAAUUCGAGCUGCGCGGCGUCUCGGCGGUGGACUCGGGCAACUACAGCUGCGUCUACACGGACACGUCGCCGCCCUUCGCGGGUUCCAAGCCUAGCGCGACCCUGGAGCUGCGCGUUGACGGACCGCUGCCCAGGCCGCAGCUCCGGGCCCUGUGGACUGGGGCCUUGACUCCGGGCCGCGAUGCCGUCCUGCGCUGCGAGGCCCAGGUGCCCAACGUCUCCUUCCUGCUGCUGCGCGCGGGCGAAGAGGAGCCCGUGGCGGUGGCUUGGUCCAGCAACCGCUCCGCGGACCUGGUGCUGACCCACGUGGGCCGCCAGCACGCCGGCACAUACAGCUGCCGCUACCGCACCGGCGGGUCCCGCUCCUUGCUGUCUGAGCUCAGCGACCCGGUGGAGCUCCAGGUGGCAGGUGAAUGGAAGGCCCAGGAGGAGGGGGUUGCGAUCCAGGCCUCUGCCCAGAUGGAAGCUGACCCAGGGGCCGACCCCGGUGCCGAUGGUAUCCUCGGGAAGUCCUUUCUCCAGCCUGCUUCCGAUGCCUUGUGCUGCAGCGGGAAGCUGGAGUUCUCCCUGGGGGCAGGGGGAGUGGCCGCCUCUCCCUGA